CUCGUGACUCGCUCGCUAAGGGUAUAAAUUUUGAGACGGGCGAGCGGGUUUCUCAAAAACCACGCUGUCAGGCAAAAGACGAAGGGUUUUCUACACCCAUACACAAUGGAUUCCUCCGAGAAAUAUUCAGCGCUACUAGCGAAGCAGGAGUCAAAUCUGCGGGAUCCCAAGACAGGUAUACACUACGGGGUUGAUUCAUCUCUCACACGAAUUGCCGUUUGAGAUCCUAUAUAUUGUAGUAUGCGAAUGGGAAGAUGAAGCGAUACAAGGAGACGUUCCGCCUGGACGAAAACAGACAGGGGCCAAAUUCUUUUUGGAAGCCAAACGCUCAACGUAUCUAUCGAACUGAAGCCGGUGAAAAGGACGAAGAUGGUGCAGGUUCACCGUGUAGCGAGGGCAAUCAAAGCACGGAUAGUCCACAAAAGGAAAGCCCGGAAGUCUCAAAAUCGUGAGGAUCCCCCUGAACCACGGGAGGUGCUCUCUUCUUCCAAUCAUAGCCAUACAGCCCAGCUUCAUAUCCGCGGUGGCUGCCUUGGUAUAUGUAGAAGGAAGAAGAAAUUUGAAGAUGACGAGGCUGUUUCGGGCUUGCUAUGGUGGGUGGCCGGCGGGAAAUUGGCACCGGACGGUUCCAAGCCGACAGGGAAAGGGAUGAGAGAAUGGAAGCAGAACAGUAAAGGAAUCUGGGAUGAAGGGCGCGAAAGAGGGUUCUUUCAGGAAUGUGCUUUUGUUCUUUCAAACGGCAAGCUUCAGCUGAAGCUUCAGCCCGGAACUGAGGGAGCAAAACUAAACCCAAACUCAUCAAGCCAUGAGUUGGAGGCUGGUUUUCGAUGUAAUUAUAUCAAAUUGAUCUUCGAGGGCUACGACCGAAAAGAACCGUUAAAGGGUGACGCUGGAUUACUACUCGCAGAGAUUAUCUCGUAGCUAGCACAUAGGCUCUACAGCCUCUAUAUACCGUUUACAAUUGAAUCACCGAUAGUAUGCUGUGCUUCUUCUGUUCUGGUUACCGGCAUUUCUUCGCUUAAACGCCGCAGAUAUAGCAAGAGAAGAUUUUCCCAGCCCAGGCCACCUGUGGCCAUGACUCGUGCCGGAACAACUCUACCGGGAAACCAUCUUUCCCUCCUAGUUGUUGCUUUGUCUCCACCUUCAAAUGCUGCCCUGCUUGCCCGAGUUGUUCUCAUACGUUUGGGCUCAUUCCCUGGUUGAGAAAGAAGACCGGUAAGCUGAAGCCGCUGCUGUUCGAUGCGUAGCUCUGAGGCAAUGAUAAAUCGAAUAUACGGUGCAACGUCUUCCGCCAUAACUGGCAUUCCAUGCUCAAAGGAGAGUGGCCUAUGGUAGGCUUGGGUGGAGUAAGCAGAUACAUCAAGAAUGGGGCCGAAUGCCAUUUCAAACAUAGACGGCUUCAUUACGGUCGAAGACCCGGGCGUAGCGUUUUGCAGAAUGUGCUCCAUUAUAUCUUGUUCAUAAUCUGCGGGAGCCAAACCAGG